AUGAGAGAAACUUCAAUAACCACUGAAGGGGUGCCUUGGCUUAUUGGCGGGAACUUUAAUACUAUUCUCUCUAUUCGAGAUAGGGAGGGAAGCAACACUAACCGGCAGGCGGAGAUGAUUGACUUCGCCGAGGCAAUUGAGGACUCCAGACUCCUUGAUCCAGGCUACGAUGGUUCGGACUAUACAUGGGCCAAGAAUGGCCUCUUCGAAAGGCUGGAUAGGGUGCUGAUGAGUGAGCCGUGUACCCGAAUGUUUGAAGCGGUAAGGGCAACGAACCUCCCUCGGGUUGCCUCGGACCACGGCCCAGUGCUGCUUAGGUGCAAGAUGGCAGGCACCAACUAUGGGGGCAGCCCCUUCCGAUUUCAAAACAUGUGGAUCCGGCACGAAGGUUUCCUGGAUUUGGUACGAGAAGAUUGGGGCAUGCCGACGGAUGCAGAAGGACUCCUCAACCUCCAAAUCAAAAUUGCGAGAGUUAAAAAAACCUUGAAGAAAAGGAAUAAGGAGAUCUUUGGAAACAUUCACUCCAACCUUAGGGGCAUGGAAGAGAAGAUAGCGGUGGCCCAGGCGGAAUUCGAAGAUAGGCCAUCACCAGAAAAUAGAACGGAAAUCAACAAACUCAUUGCCGAGUACAUUUGCCUACUCAGAAUGGAGGAGGAUUUUUAG